UUUGGUUAGAGUUCAGUUCUAAAGCUUCAUCAUGCACGGAAGCAUGCUUCUUCGUUUUGUACUUAUAACCUCGGCAAUAGUCUUACAAUUGGCCUCAUCUAAUGUUAUAAUUCAAAAAGUUGAGGAAAAAGUUGAAAACGAAUGUAAUUUAUCAGAAAAUUUAAUAAACGAAAUACGUGGUUACAAAAAUGUAGUUUUGAAAAUAACCGAUCAGAUUUUAAAUGGCAAGUUUAAAGGAGAAGUCCAUAAGAGUCUUCAGACCUUUACGGACAAAUUUGGUUCAAGAAUGGCAGGAUCAGAUUCAUUGGAGAAAUCUAUAGAUUAUAUGGAAGCUUUGCUCAAAAAUGAAGGACUCGAAAAUGUUCAUACUGAAGAAGCUAAAGUGCCUCAUUGGAUAAGGGGCUAUGAAAGCGCUACUCUGGUUCUGCCAAGAAAGGCUAAGAUAGGACUUUUAGGACUUGGAACAAGUGUAGGAACACCCCAAGGUGGUAUCAUCGCUGAUGUGGUGGCUGUGCGAACCUUUGACGAGCUACGAAAAUUACCCGAUUCAAAGGUUAAGGGAAAAAUUGUUGUAUUUGCACCCGAGUGGGAAGGAUAUGGCGCAACAUCAAAUUACAGGAAAUCCGGUGCAAGUGAAGCUUCAAAAAAAGGUGCCAUUGCUGCGCUAAUACGUUCAGCAACACCAUUUUCGAUUGGAUCACCCCAUACUGGCUCGCAAACGUAUGAUCAAGGAGUAAGGAAAAUACCAGCUGCAUGUAUAACAGUUGAAGAUGCCGAAAUGAUUUGGCGAAUGUAUAACGAAGGAGAAACUGUUCAAAUUCACCUAGAAAUGGAUGAUUAUAAUUUAGAACAAGUCACUUCACGAAAUACAGUAUCUGAAUUGCAGGGAUCGAAGUCUCCAAACAAGUCUGUGGUUAUAUUGUCAGGCCAUUUGGAUAGUUGGGAUGUUGGUGUUGGAGCAAUGGAUGAUGGAGGUGGGGCUUUUAUCUCAUGGAAAGCUGUGAAAUUCCUUAAAGAUAUGGGUCUCAGGCCAAAACGAACAAUUCGAUCUAUUUUAUGGACUGCUGAGGAAUAUGGUUAUUAUGGAGCUAAGGCAUAUGAGAGAGAACAUAAGAAAAAUGAAGCUGAAGAAUUCAACUUUUUAAUUGAAUCAGAUACUGGUACAUUUGAUCCAGUUGGAUUAGCCUUUACAGGAAAUAAGGAAGCAGAGUGUAUAUUUAGAGAAAUCUUAAGCUUGAUGAUCCCUCUUAACGCCACACAAUUCGAUACACCUGCUAGUGCACCUGAUCUAUCAGUUUGGAUUAAUCGCGGAUUUCCAGGAGCUUCACUGUUGAACAAAAAUGAUAAAUAUUUUUGGUUCCAUCAUACACAAGGUGAUUCGAUGUUAGUUGAGGAUCCUGGCAGCUUGGACCGUGGUGUAGCCUUGUUUGCUUCAACUGCAUAUAUCAUUGCAGAUUUAAGUAUUGAUAUUCCCAAAGUUAUUAAAAAUUAAAAUAAAAUUUACUUUGAUUUAUUUUUAAUAAAAAUUCAAUUCAG